UACACUUGGCAAAAAAACGUCUCAUAGCUCAAAGCUGAGGACCACAAACUGCUGCACCAUUUCAAACAACAUUACCAAUUUAGGAGAAUUUAUUUUGCUUUAUUAAGUCAAGAAGGAAUAUUUGGGCCACACCCUGGUCAACAGUACACCACUGUGUUGAAUUUGAAGAUUCUGAAAAUUUGGGAGAAAAACUUUCAGACCACAAGGAAGUGCAUCACGUUCAUGUACGAGAAUUGGUGAAAGGUGCUUAUAGAAGAGCAAACAGUGAGCGGAGCGGAGGAUGAGUUUCAGAGCUUUGGAAACAGACGGCAGCAGAAUCGUGGAGAAGAACAGAGGAACAAAACAUCUUCAAAAAUCUCUAAAACUGGAAAGCAGUAAAAACUUAGCUUGCCAUUAAAGGACAUCAGAAACUAUAAAACUUUGUGGAAAGUUCUUAAAAGUGGGUCGCAGAGUAGACCUCAAAGAUUUAAAAUGGGCACCAACAAAGAACCAAGCGUUGAGCAGUCAACACCAGAGAUUGAGGAGGAAAUGGAUCAGACCCCUGAACAGAACAGUCCAGUUGACCAAGAAUCACCGCAAUCGGAGGACGGUAAACUUCUCAACACCUACAAGUGGCACACGGGGGCCAAGACCGAGACGGCGGGACAGGGAACUCUUGAGAGGCUUGAGAAAGGGGCUUCCAACAAAUGGAGUAAAAUGCAAAAUUGGCGCAAAGCUCUGAGUGAGGAUGCGGGAGAAAAGAUGUCGACUCGAGGGGCCGAAAGUCCCAAGAAACCAGAGAAACCAGCGACAAGAAAGAAUCCUUUCCACAGAGCUCUUUCUGCUCCUGCGGGGUCUCUUCUGUCUUCUGUUUUAUCCUCCUCUUCAGCAUCUGGGCCAUCGAACGCUCAGGCAUCAGGCUCCAGUGUCCAAGACACAAGUCAGAAGGGUAAAAUAAGAAAGUAUCUACAAACCGUCUCGCAGAAGUUUAAAAGGCCUCGUCUACAGAGUAGCUCCAUCGUAGAGCAAGAAAAAGAAAAGGCUGAGUCUGAGAAUGUGUUUCAAGAACCUGUUCGACUCUCCUGGGCCCCCCAACAAGACGUCCCUGUGUGGGACAUCAGCAGCUGUUGUCUUCAGGACGGUCAGAUCCUUAUUCCACGUGAGGAGGAGCCCCUGAUGAGGGUACAGAAACGGGCCAGCAGUUGUCUCUCCAGCAUCAGUCUUCAGAACGUCAGUGAAAGCCACACAGAAUUAAACCCAGAUUCUGUGGUCUCUCAAAGUGGUGCCAAAAUUAAAGUCCAAGAUGGCGGAGUCAGAGCUUUGAUCAAGCGCCGCUUACAGACUGAUGAUAAACGGAAAAGCAGCACGCAGCUCAAUACUGUAGGGCUAAGUGUUGCUGGAAGGAGUGCUUCAAGGGAAUCUUUAUCCAUUCCGGUCAGACCUGCGAAAAGCCUUGAUCUGAGUGCAGAUCAGACCACCGUCAUCCGGCCUGUCCAUAGCUCUAUUCUAGGAGAGAAGUACUGUUUUCAAGUCAUCAAUUCGGAAAACAACCAUUGUUUUGGAUGCACGUCAGCUGCCGAGCGAGACCGCUGGAUCGAAGACUUGAGACGUGCCGCUCAGCCAAAUAAGGAUAACUGCGAGCGCACUGAGAACUCUCUGAGUCUUUGGGUCAAUGAAGCGAAAGAUAUUCCGCCCAAGAAGCGAUACUACUGUGAGAUCCACCUUGAUGGUACGCUGUACGCCCGCACCAGCAGCCGGGCCGUCGGGAAGUCCGCCCAACGCUCCAGCCAAGCGGCCGACGGAGGAUCCGGAGCAUCUGGUGCGGGUGGGGGUGCUGGAAGCGGUUGUCAGCUGUUCUGGGGGGAAGUUUUCGAGCUGGACAACAUGCCCCCUGUCAGCCAGAUUACCCUGCACCUCUUCAGAGACGAGGACCCCAAGAAGAAGCGUCAUUCCAGGGAUGACUCGCUUAUGCAUCCUCUGGGAAGCGUGGCUCUAGCUCUGGCAGACAUUAAAGGACGGGCCUAUCAGGAGAAGUGGUAUCCCAUCAUUCCCUACAAGCCCCCGGGAGGGAGUUCGGCGAAGGACCAAGUUGGACCGCAAGCGUUGCUUCGUGUCAAGGCUAGAUUCCAAAACCUGAAAGUUCUGCCUAUCGAGAGGUACAAGGAGUUUGCAGAAUAUGUCACCUUGAAUUAUGUGGACAUGUGCAGUAGCCUGGAGCCCCUCCUGAAUGUCCGAGAGAAAGAAGAACUGGCGGGAGCGCUCGUUCACGUGCUACAGAGCAUCGGGAAAGCUAAGGAGUUUUUGAUUGAUCUCGGCAGUGCAGAAGUUGAGCGGCUGGGUGAAAAUGAAGCUUUGAUUUUCAGAGAGAACACAUUGGCUACAAAGGCCAUUGAUGAGUAUAUGAAAUUGGUGGGACAGAAGUAUCUCAUUGACACACUUGGUGACUUUAUAGUCAAGCUGUAUAAUGGGACAGAGAGCUGUGAGGUCGACCCGCUGAAAUGUUCGGCUUCCGAUCUACCAAUCAACCAGAGGCAUCUGAAAGGAACAUGUGGAGACGUUGUGAAGAGAAUCACUGAUAUGCACGAUUCAUUCCCGGCAGAGCUGAAUGAGAUUUUCUCCAGCUGGGUAUCGAAUUGUGAGGAGCGGGGUCAAGCGGACAUCGGACACCGUCUCGUAUCAUCGUCUCUGUUUCUUCGAUUCCUGUGCCCAGCCAUCCUCAGUCCAUCGCUCUUCGGCCUCACCCAGGCCUACCCGGAGACGAACACCCUCCGCACUCUCACUCUGACAGCCAAAGUCAUCCAGAACCUUGGCAACUUUACUUUGUUUGGCGAAAAAGAAGAAUACAUGUUCUUCAUGAAUGAGUUUCUAGAACAACACUGGGAGCCCAUGCGGGGAUUCUUACAGAGGGUGUCUGAUCCAGAAAGCGAAAUAGCCAUGGCUCGAUUUGACGGCUAUGUCGACCUGCCCCUUCGCCUAGCGGUCCUUCACAGUCUACUGGUGGAUAUUAUCUGUCCCAUGAAACAGGACACGAUAGACAACCUGCAUCACUUGCCUUCGAUCCUGAACAAGAUCACAGAAUUCCUCGGCCAAGAUGCUCAACGGAUCCCUGUUAGCAGUGCCUAUGGAGCACCAAAGCCAACGUAUGUACCACCGAGGGACCUGGCCAAGUACAGUCCCUUACAUAACUCCAUGCAACAGCUUCCAGUAGACACAAAGCCCAGCCAAGGCAAAGGACGUCAGAGGAACCCGGUGAAACGGGCUUUGAGCGUCCCCGACAGACGUAACCACAAUCGGAUGAUAAAGAGACAGGCGAGCAAUGAAGAGCUGCAAGCACAGGACUUCAGCAAAGAUCAAGAACAUGUUUUGGCAAUUUCAUCACCCGAUAACAUGAAGCCCAAACCGCGGCCAAAACCGGUACCCUGGAUAGAGAAAGAGGAACAGAAAGAGCAUCUUCAAACGACGGGUCAAGAGGAAGAGCAGAUAAGCAUUGAUAAGCACGCACAAGACUUGGCCCAGCUGCGUCAGGGCGUAGAACAGGUGACGGACCGCGAGUUGGAGGCAGAAAAGCGGUUAGAGGAUUUCAUUGCGAUGAGCCAGAACCAGAACGCACAGCUACAGGCAGAACUUCAGGAGCUGCGGAACCUGUUAGCCAUCCGUGAAGAGCAACUGGCGAGCGCAGUCUUCAGGCUGGGUGUCAUAGAGGAGGAGAGAGAUGAAGAUGAACGAAAGCUUAAUGUCGCCAUGGCUGCGGUUGAUCGGCUGAAUGUUGUGGAGGAGCAGCUCGCCGGAUUGUUGAAAGAUGUGCACCAGCUCUAUUCAGUCAACGCUGAUGGCAUAAGAACGACUUACAUCAACACCUGAUGCAAGACUGGAUGUAAACUCGCUACAGUGCCGCUUUUACAAUGCUUUUACAAUGUUUAACCAAAUCUACAGUCAAUAUGACUACAACAAUAGACUGUAGUGUCAAUAACAUUCAUACAAAAUUGAAAACAAUACAACCAUUUCUUAUUGAUAUGUCGCAAAGCUCAUGUUUGACAUCAUUAAUCUUUUUUUUUUUUUUAAUACUUAGACAAUAUUUUUCAUUUCAUUUCCUUACAGACUGUGAUUUGUAGAUAAAGCCAAUAAAAUGUGCAUUUAUCCAACCAAGCUGUUUUAUUUUUGUCAAAAGGGGUCACAUCGGUUCAUAAACAAAUCAGCCAGCUCAAAGGAAUAGACACAACUUGUUAAAAUAAUUCAUUUCUAAAAAUUCAGUAAAAUUAUCACACUUUUAAUAGAAGGUAAACUAUUGACAGCAUGUAGUACAAAAAAUAUUUUUGACUUGUUCCUUCAACACGAUAAAACACUACCGGCUUCUCUGUAAUAAAAGCACCAUUUAGAAAAGAUCAUACUUAAGAGGUUGUCUGUAUUAUAUAGUAUCACAUUAAAUAUAAUUUUCCAAA